UUCUUGAGACUCGAAACCUUUUUUCAAAUCUUAUUUAUUCUUCUUUUCUUGGUUCCUCCUUUUGCCUUUUCCUUGCAUGGUUUAGUAAAAAACACAGCAUCACCACCAUCAAACUCUACCAUUCCAACCCCAUAAAAACUUUUCUUGCAUGUUUUCUUUGCUAUACCCAUCACAGCCCCGUAACCUCUCUCUCUCUAUAUAUAUAUGUACAUCUAUUUUGGUUUAUUUCAUGCACUUCUUUUUCUUGUCUUUGUUUUUGGAAUCUGGGUUUUCUCUCUGCAACAACUACAAAUUCUUAGACUCUAUUCUGGAGUGGUAAGUCUUAAAGGUUCAAAUCUGAUUUGGUUUUUCUUCUCAGAGGUUUUUCAAUGGGACCCAUUAGAGGGCAGAAGAGGAAAAGGAAAAUAGUAGAGAAGAAGGUCGAUAGAAGUGGUGGUGCUGGUGGUGGUUCUUCUUCAACUUCAUCAGAGAAAGAUGAACAACCUAAGGAUUGGUGGGAUGAGUUUUCCAGAAGGAUUACUGGGCCUUUGUCUCGAUCGAAGAGUUCGAAAAAAUUUGAAUCUGUUUUCAAGAUCUCAAGAAAAACCUUCAACUACAUUUGCUCACUUGUGAAGGAGGAUAUGAUAAAAUCAUCACCAUUUUCAGCUGCGAAUGGUAAGUCUUUGGGUUUAAACGACCAAGUAGCAGUCGCUCUAAGAAGGUUAGGCUCAGGUGAGUCAUUAGUAAUUAUAGGUGAGACAUUUGGGAUAAACCAAUCUAGUGUUUCACAAAUAACCUGGCGUUUUAUUGAGUCUAUGGAAAAAAGAGGACUCCGUCACCUAAAGUGGCCCUCUACAGAAGCAGAAAUGACAGAGGUAAAAUCCAAGUUUGAGAAAAUGCGAGGCCUUCCCAAUUGUUGCGGUGCAAUUGAUACUACCCAUAUCGCGAUGUGUUUGCCUAUAGUGGAUAACUCAAAUGAUGUUUGGUAUGAUAGCGAAAACAAUCAUAGCAUGAUUUUACAAGCCAUUGUUGACCCAGAUAUGAGGUUUAGAGACAUAGUCACUGGAUGGCCAGGAAGUGUAAACGAAUCGUCAGCUCUCCGAAGUUCAGGCUUCUUCAAUCUUUGUGAAAAGGGGAAUAGACUAAGUGGGAAGAAAAUACAGCUUUGCAAAGGUUCAGAAUUGGGAGAAUACAUAAUCGGGGACGUGGGUUUUCCUCUAUUACCCUGGCUUGUCACACCUUAUCAAGGUAAACAUCUGUCAGAGUCUAAGUCGGAAUUCAACAAGCGGCAUUUUGCAACCAGAAUGGUAGCACAGAGAGCACUAGCAAGGUUAAAGGAAAUGUGGGGAAUUCUUCAAGGUACAAUGUGGAGACCUGAUACAAAUAGAUUGCCGAGAAUCAUUCUUGUCUGUUGCUUGCUUCAUAAUAUUGUGAUUGAUAUGGAAGAUGAAGUACAAGAUGAAAUGCCUUUAACUCACCACCAUGAUCCAGGUUAUAAGCAACAGAUAUGUGAUUCAGUCGACAAGAAAGCCUCCAUGUUGAGAGAUAAACUGUCUCUCUCUCUAUCCGGAAGUUUGCCACCUUAAAUACUGAAACAAAUUUGUUUCGACUCAUGCCCAUGUCUAUCAUUAUAGUCAACUUCUUUGUGUUUUCUUAUUCGGAUGAGGAGUUCAAACUCAAUGUAGGUUAAAACUUUAAUAUGUAUUCAUCGGAAAGUCAACAGUAUGUCUGUUUCUCAGCGGUAAUGUCCAUUGGGGAGUUUCAUUCCAUUGCAACAUUACAUAUACUGCAGAGAACAAUGCACAUUAUGACAUUGCAAUUUCAUUUA